GGAGGUGGAUGCUAUGAAAGAUGAAGGUGGAUGUGCUGGCUUGUCUGACGGUGGCCGCCGCGAGCCUUGUCGCCAUGGUGACCGGGGGUCGCAGCUCCGGACGCAGGAAGCACAAGGAAGUCUUCUUGGGGGAAAACAGCAAGUUCAAGUUUGGAGGACGGAUCGACUACAAGCUGAAGAAGCAGGACAGCACCAAAACACUUUUGAUAAAAAGUGAACAGCUGCUGAGGAUCGAGGAGCACGACUUUGCCAUCAGACCUGGCUUUGGAGGAUCGGCCAUCCCGGUGGGCAUCGACGUGCAGGUGGAGAGCAUCGACAGCAUCUCAGAAGUCAACAUGGAUUUCACCAUGACCUUGUACCUUCGCCACUACUGGAAAGACGAGCGCCUGGCCUUCCCGUCUCGAAACAACCAGAGCAGGACUUUCGACUCACGGCUGGUGAAGAAGAUCUGGGUCCCCGAUGUCUUCUUUGUCCACUCCAAGCGCUCCUUCAUCCAUGACACCACCACGGAGAACAUUAUGCUGCGCGUUUACCCCGACGGGAACAUCCUCUACAGCGUCAGGGUCACCGUGACGGCUUUGUGCUCCAUGGACUUCAGCAGCUUCCCUCUGGACACACAGAACUGCUCACUGGAGCUGGAAAGCUAUGCGUACAAUGAGAACGAUUUGAUGCUGUACUGGAAAAACGGGAACGACUCCCUGAGGACCGACGAGAUCGUCUUGUCUCAGUUCUUCAUCGAGCAUUUCCAUCCCUCCAGCGGCCUGGCCUUCUACAGCAGCACAGGAUGGUACAACCGUCUGUUCAUCAACUUCAUCCUGCGGAGGCACAUCUUCUUCUUCAUGCUGCAGACGUACUUCCCCACCAUGCUGAUGGUGGUUCUGUCCUGGGUGUCCUUCUGGAUCGACCGCAGGGCCGUCCCUGCUCGAGUCUCUUUAGGUAUAACCACAGUGCUUACCAUGUCCACCAUCAUCACAGGAGUGUCCUCCUCCAUGCCUCAGGUGUCCUAUGUGAAGGCGGUGGACAUCUACCUGUGGACCAGCUUCCUGUUUGUCUUCCUGUCCGUCAUCGAGUAUGCGGCUGUGAACUACUGCACCACAUUAGAGGAGAUGAGGAAAAUGAGGAGGGGAAAGCUUCCCUCCACCUUCAACGCCAGCCAGGCCAUGGCCUUCGACGGCUGUUUCCAUGACAACGACAUUGAGCUGACACCCUUCCCUAGCAUGGCUCAGGCCCUGACCUCUGACCCCCUCACAGCGCCCUCACCGCACCAGGACCCCUGCCCCUCAGAGGGGACCCGCCUGCGUCGGCAGCGCUCCUUGCGGGAGAACGUGGACCUCCUGGUGAGCAACAGCUACAUGAUCGAUUCGUACUCCCGCCUGGCCUUCCCUCUGUCCUACCUCCUCUUCAACACCAUCUACUGGAGCCUCUACUCCUGAGCCGCUGAGGUUACACUAAGGUAGCCGACACAUGCACGUGGAGACCAUGAAAACUCCAUACAGAGAUGUUCCAGCAGAUUCAAACCCGGAUCUGCAGACCGCAAGGCUGACACUAACCACAAGGGCACCAUACUUGAAUAUACCCGUCUUGUGGCGGAAUCACACAACUAAAUGAAAUAAAACUACCGUACUUUUUGAAAAAUACUUUUUUUAUAACUUGUUCUUCAUUGUGUAUGUUUUCAGCAAUGACUAAUAAAUGGAGAUAGCUUAUAAAUAACACGGGAUAAUAACAAAACUGUGAUAACAUUAUUUACGACCUUUGAAAAUGCUUUGCGGCCAUUAUUUCCCUGUUGCCACAGUAACCCAAAACCUAAUUUAGGGCAUUGAAAAUGGCGGCUUCAGUUAACUGCGCAAGCGCAACGAAGCCUAACUACACACCGGACUUGUGCCCUACCUUGGAAAUUGACAGUGCUUCCUGUCCAGUCUCCAUGGCGACCAUCAACGGCAGCUCUUCCAGUGGAGGUGGUAGUGGUCCCCAGUCACAUUACUUCAAAUUGGAACUCAGAUGGUCCCUAAGUACUUUCGCUUCCAACAGCCACUUCACAUAGAAUAAUGGGCAUACAGUAUAUUACACACGUCAGGGAAGCUUUGUGCAGAGUGGGAGGGACCCACGUUAGUGUUAGUGAAAGAUGCCAAUGGGG